CUUUUGCGUCCUCGCCCGCGAAGCCGUUCGAUCGCGGCAGAGUUCUCGUCCGCGUCGAACCAUCGAGACACCAUCGCCGCUACACAACGGAUCCGAAUAAAAUAAUUGCUCACUCGCGGACCGAAUCGUCUUUCGGUUCUCUCGUUAUUCCGCGGCUCUUUAUUCCUCGAUCGACUCGUACGGGCUUAACUAUUUUUAAAUCGCAUCCGCUCGGAGCUCGAAGAAACCAUUAUUUCCAUAGAACGAGGCGUGACUCUUGAGUAGAGAAGAAGAAAUAAGAAGAGAAGGAGAAAAGAAGCAAGCAUGGAUGACAAGAACAAACAGGUCGUCGAACAAUACUACAGCCCUCCACCAAAACUUGGAAAAUGGGAGGGCUUCAGCCUCUUCAUGUGGAACUCCGAAACUGGACAAUUUAUGGGCCGUACAGGCGCCAGUUGGGCCAAGAUUUUGCUCUUCUACGUAAUUUUCUAUGGCGUACUAUCGGGCUUUUUCGGUGUGAUGCUCGCGGUGUUCUUCCAAACGUUGGACCACAGUGCCCCAAAAUGGACAUUGGACCAAUCGUUGAUCGGCAGCAAUCCUGGUCUUGGUUUCCGACCGAUGCCACCGGACAGCAACGUCGAGAGUACUCUCAUCUGGUACAAGGCUUCUGACAAGGGAAAUUAUGCUCACUGGGUCAGAGCUCUCGACAAGUUCCUCGAAGAUUACCGACCGCCAGCGGCGGGAGCACCUCUGCCACCGGGCCACGAGCACAAAGUGCAAUGCGAUUAUGGAAAACCCGCGCCCCCUGGUAAAUCGUGUGACGUUAACAUCAUGAAGUUCAGCCCGUGUCUGUCGGAAACUCAUUAUCAAUACGAUGCUUCCAAACCUUGUAUUUUCCUCAAGCUUAAUAAGAUCUUCGGCUGGCAGCCAGAGUUCUACAACGAUACGGACAACUUGCCGAGCAACAUGCCGACCGACCUUCAAAAUCGUAUAAAAACAACGAAGAAGCGACCGGAAGAGUUGCAAACGAUUUGGGUGUCGUGCGAAGGUGAAAAUCCGGCUGACAUUGAAAACAUUGGCCCCAUUCAGUACAAACCGAGUUCCGGCUUUCCUGGAUACUAUUUCCCCUUCACAAACAGUCCUGGCUAUUUGAGCCCUCUAGUGGCCGUUUGGUUCGAAGCACCGAAACGCAACGUGCUGAUAAACGUCGAGUGUAAAGCGUGGGCUCGAAACGUAGUGCACGACCGAGCCGAUAGACGCGGCUCCGUCCAUUUCGAGUUGAUGGUCGAUUAAGUUGUUUAAGCGCGAGCAGGCAUAAAUCAAGAAAAAAAGAAACCAAGAAAAAAAACGAAAAAAAAAAGAAAUCUUUUUUCAUCGCCAUUUAGCGUGCAACAGCAGAAAGAUCAAUUCUACCCAAUUGCAUCGAAAGCGUGUUUUUCUCUCUCUUUCUCUCGUUGACAGUUACAGCCCCCUCUACCGACCAUCCCUUGUUGAAAAAGCGAACGAAAACCAUAAAAAAAAAAAACAUUCAUCGCCUAUGCAUAUGCUCGCAGCGUCAUCGUUCUUUGUCUCUCGCUCUGCAUUCGCUCACCGCAUCAUCUCAUCAAAAAUCCACGCGUCUUAUACCUCCUCCUUCUAUUAAUUUCGUCACAUUUACUAUUUUCUUAUCGUUAAAAAUAUCAUUUCACGAAUGAAAAAAAGCUGCCGCGAUCUCACGCCGGGAUCCUCCUCAUCGUCAUCGUUCACGAAGAAACGACAAAAAAAGCUAAUAAAUAAUGAACAAUUCACAAAUUCGAGCGUACGGAAGUAAAAAAAAAAACACACAAACACGUAUACAACGUCGUUGGGUUCUAUAACCUCAAACAAGCGAAACAAAAAAAGAAUAAAAAUCGUCCUUACACACGUACCGCAUCGCAGAGCACAAACAUUUACGAAUGAGAGAAUGAGAAAAGAUAAAUGAGGAAAAGAAACAGUACGUAAUAGUAAUAUAAAGUAUUAGAAGGGGGACAAAAAAACAGUUUGCGAGGGAGAGAGUUGGAUAUCCAAUAAAUGCACAAAAGCGCGCCACGGUGAAAUGUCUCUCCCUCUGCUCGGUCUCGCUCUCUCUUCUCUCUCUCUCUCUGACUCCCUCUCUUUCUCUCUCGCUCUUUCUCACUCUACACUGAACGCAAACACACCCGUACAACACCGCAAAACAAACGUUAGUUCAGCUUUGUCCACGGUGGGUAACGACGAGAGGGAUGGUCGGUAGUAUUACGAGAGAGGUUAAAGCCCAAAAAUUUCGACGUGUUUCCCGACUAGAUAUUUUAGAUAUAAUUUAUUCCGUCGGAAGAAUGAUUUUCUUUGUGUUUAUAAAAAGAGGAAAAAAAAACAAAAACAAAAGCUGUAGCACUAAAAAAGGUUACGGUGUAAAAAAAAACGAAAAAAUGGGUCAUCUCGAUAACACGUAGAUUAGUACGGCCGUGCGGCUGAGAUCGAAUAGUUAGUCCGCGGAAAAUCGAGGAGAAAACGAUAACGAGGGAGUGAAAUAAAUAAAAAAUGAGAAAGCACGAGAGUCGAGCGUAAAUGUGUGUUUACUUCGAGAAACGUGAAGAACAAUUUGUGCUCGGUGUUAAUUCGCCGAGGAUAAAAGAUCCGCAAUGUGUACUUAAUAAACGAACGAAAAAAAAAAAAAAAGAAAAAAUACGAAUUUAAGAAAUGUUCCAGAACGAGCGCUGCGCGGCGUAACGAAUAACCCGAAAACUUAAGUGUAGAAUCGAGUGCGAGAGUGGCGUUUAAGCGUUCCAAGAGUUCGUACUAGUCGAAGAGAUCGCGCGUCCGUUUAACGAAACCAAAGAGAAUAAAUAAUCCGUGAUGAAGGACCGGAGAUACGGAAGGAAAGCGAAUUAUUGGAAAAAAAGAAAGAGAGAAGCAGACGCAUAGAAACCGAAGGAAAAAGCUUGAGCUUUGAGAUCCGAUCGAGAUAAACGCGCGAGAGGAUUUAUUCUGCAGCCUAUAGUGAUAUCCGUAUAUGAUCAUUAUACGAAGAAAUGUUUAUGAUUAUAUUGUACUUGAUAUAUAUAUUAUAUUAGUACUAUAAUAGUACACUACACGACUACACACACUCUCUUACACAGACACGAUCGAUCACAGUCGUAUCAUAGAGUCGAGAAAACUUAAGAAGAAAAUAAAUAUAAAAAAUCACGAAAAAUGUUGAAAAAAAAAAUAGAUAAUUUGUAGAUGCGGGCUGAUCGAAGAGAUAAAACAAAAUGGUAUCGUCGACAUUCGCGUGUAUGUGUAAACGUCAAAAGGUCAAGGUUUUGUGUAUACUGAGAGAGGAAGAGAAAGAACGAGCGAGCAAAAGAGAGAGAGAGAGCGAGAGAGAGAGAGAGUGGGAGAGAGAUCUUGACGACCGAGUCGGAGAUUAAAAGAUAAAUAAACAAAAAAAACUACAUAAAAAAUGUUACGAUAUGUACAUGAGCGAUUAGAGAGAAAAAAAAAAUCAUCAUUGGUAUGUGCGAAAGAGAAAGAAAGAAGCUGCAGCAAAACACGAAUAAUUAAAAUAGUUGAUAUAAAUAUGUACGGACCCACACACACACACACACACACACACACACACACACAACGCGCGUGCGCGCGCGCCCAUGAACACCUGAGCAAAAAAACGAAGAAUACGAAGCGCGAUGGUAAAGAUGGCGCCCAACACACUUGAAAAGCAAAGCAAACAUCCGAACAUUGGGGCAGAUCCUCUCGUCGCGUAAUUCCGGGAACAAAAUGGCGGCCAAAAAAGUAACGAAAAAUAAACGAAGGAUCUGGCGUUUGAGUUUUUGGGCGCUGGAUUUACUAUCGGGAUGUGUUGAAGACGGAAAAAACAAGAAACAAGGCAAAAACUGCGGCACAGCAUUCCAUCGAUACUACGACGCAUUCUCUAUUAUUGUUCUAAUUUUAAUCGCUAUAUAUAUUUAACUGCCCGAUAUGAUCGGACGAAUGAUUGAUUAUAUAAGAGAUUUAAACAAAAAAGUGAGAAAAAAAACCAAAAAAUUAAUUAAAAAAAAAAAAAAAUAGUAUAUCGGGCGUGUGAGCCUCGUUGAUAUGAAAACAAGAAAAAAAAACAACAACAACAACAACAACAACAACAAAAAUAAAUAUUAAAAAACCACGAGAGACGAGUACCCUUAGAUCAUUUGCGAUUAUUAAAUAAUAAUGAUAAAUAUAUUAAAAAAAAAAAAUAAUAAAAAAAAAUAAUAAAAAAAUAUCAAAAAACAACAAAACCAAUAACAAUCGAAAAAAAGGAUUGACUUUGAAAAAAAAAACACACACACACAAAAAAAACAAAAAAACCACGCGUUUCAGGCAUUAAGUAUUUAAUUAAUUAUUAAUAGUGUUAUUUAUUGUGAAAAAAAAGCAAAAAGUGAAAUGGAUUAAUAAAAACGCGAUAAAAAAAAAAAAAAAAAAAACAUACUGAGAUUGAUGAGAGCCAUUAUAUAUUCAUCAUUGCAGAGAUGAACUGUUUAUAGUGAUCGACACCUAAACGUUGUUGAAGUAUUAAUCGUAUAGAAAAUGAAAAGGAGAACGAAACAAAUGCGUCGAUGGACGAGACUGCAGCGUGACCGAGCGAAUGCGAAGAGAGAGAGAGAGAGAGCAAAUGACAGUCAAAGGGCGUGAAAGUCGGUGCGAAUGAAAUAUCGAGCAGAAAGUUAAUCAUUGUUCCGAUGCUCGUGCUAAAAAAAAAACUCCGCCAUCAGUCCAAGAUUCGAUAAUUUGCUUCGAUUGAAUAAAACAACAAUCGAAUUUAUGGAGGAUUCACCCAAAAUUCGGCGUAAUUUUGAAAUUCAAGUGAUCGAUUCGUUACACUGUGUUUAAUAUUUUACGUUAUUUAUAUUACGUUUUUCAUUAUCGUUGAUAUUUUUAAUUCAACUAUGAAAAUACUCUGGCCGAAAUCAAGCCGUUGUAAUCCAACGUAGACGUUAAUAUAUAGAUAUGUGUGUAUAUAUGUAUCCAUUCGAUUCGCGUGCGCGUAUGUAUGUACUUAUGUAUAUGUACAUACGCACAUGAAUCGAUAUAUACAUUUAUAUAUAUAUAUACGUAAGACAUUAGGUGUACGAAAUGAACGUUGGCUCUCCCCCGCACUAACUACGGUAACUCGCAAAUGAUGUUUAAUUACGAUCGUUAUGGUGGCCAGGCCAUGGGGCGCAAUUUUGUGCAAAUAAGGCUCGGAAAAUCGAUGACGAAACGAAAUCGAUAUAUUAACAGUAAAUUACGAUAUCACGCAUACACACUCACACACAGGAGAAGAAAAAAAAAAAGAACAAGAACACGCGCGAGCACCGUAAACACGUUAAUCACACGCGACGCAAUGUGUACUAAUGUAUUUGAAGAAAAAAAAAGCAAAGAUAUGCGACUCAAUAACGAAAAAAAGGAGGAAAAAAAAAACACAAAAAAACAAACUUUACUUGCUUAGACUUUUAUUACGCCUACUGAUAGAAAUAACGGUAAAAAAAUAACAAUUUCUUCGUCACUGUAGAAAAAUACGGUUCAAAUCUAAUAUUAUCUCGAAAUAAUAUAAUAUUAACGUUUUAGAGAAAAAAAAACACGUGACACGUGACAAGUGUAGAUACAUGUUUCUCUAUUUAUUUACGUAUUUUUUCCAUCUUGUUAGUUUCCUCAUUUGCGGUAGAUUAAUCAGUGUCCAGCGGAUGCCUAAAACUAAUUAUUUUCGUAAUGCAGGCAUUACACAGUCGUUUUUAUAGUUAGAUUCGACGAAUAUUGUGAAUUUUGUAUUUCCAUUCCGAGACUCGUUACCUCCGAACCAAUCGUAAUGAGAGUUCGACGAGCUAAACUUCGUACAUACAUUCCAGUUUAUAACGUCAGCCGCGAAUCAACGUUCGAGACAUUUUUCACGUUUUUUCAUUCCACGCGGUAUGACGAAUUAGUGUAUACUAAAUAAGAUAAAAGUUAGGGAUUCCGACGACUUUUCGCGAGGGCACCUCAACCGUAAAUAAAAUAUUUUUUUGCUAUUUCGCUCGGUACCUCGAAGCUCCUUUUGCUGUUUAAAUAAUCAUGCUUUUUUCAUUUUUUGUUUUUUUUAACGCUUUUCAUUUAUUGCCGAACACGAUUUUGAGUACCAUUUUGGGGAUUAUACGGCUCACGAUCAAUAUGGAAGAAACGAUUUUCCAUUUUGUACACAUAUAUAUCGAUCUGCACACUUACCCAACGCGAUAAUCCGAGUGGUUUUUUUUUCUAAUAAUUUCGCCAAAUUUACCUGAGAUCUCUUCAUUCCCCAGCGGAAGGAAAGAUUCAAAAAGACUUUCUUGUGUUUGCUGAUGUUUCGAAAUGCGAUACGGAGUUUUUCGAACGAAUAUAUACAUAAUAUUUUUUAAAUGUUACGUAGGAAUGAAAAUAUUCAAUUGAAAUUGCGGCGAUACAGAACCGACGAUUGUACAAUGAUUUACCCGAAUAAACGUAACAGAAUGACCUUCA